GAAAUAGAAUGUAUGACAGUCUGAAUAUGCACUCUUUGGAAAACUCCCUUAUUGACAUUAUGAGAGCAGAACAUGAUCCACUUAAAGGUCGCUUGAGUUAUCCACAUCCAGGGACUGACAAUCUUCUGAUGUUAAAUGCGAGGAGUUAUGGGCGAAGACGAGGCCGUUCUUCCCUCUUCCCAAUAGAUGAUGGCUUGCUGGAUGAUGGUCAUAGUGAUCAAGUUGGAGUCUUGAAUUCCCCUACCUGCUAUUCAGCUCAUCAGAACGGAGAACGAAUUGAGCGUUUUUCUCGGAAAGUGUUCGUCGGAGGUCUUCCACCGGAUAUUGAUGAGGAUGAAAUUACUGCCAGCUUCAGACGAUUUGGGCCCUUGGUAGUAGACUGGCCUCACAAAGCAGAGAGCAAGUCUUAUUUUCCACCAAAAGGUUACGCAUUCCUCCUGUUCCAAGAGGAGAGUUCUGUUCAGGCUCUGAUUGAUGCCUGCAUUGAAGAAGAUGGAAAGCUCUAUCUUUGUGUUUCCAGCCCCACUAUAAAGGACAAGCCAGUUCAGAUACGUCCCUGGAAUCUAAGUGAUAGUGACUUUGUGAUGGAUGGUUCGCAGCCACUUGAUCCUCGGAAAACAAUUUUUGUUGGAGGAGUCCCUAGACCCUUAAGAGCUGUGGAAUUGGCUAUGAUCAUGGACCGUCUCUAUGGUGGAGUUUGUUAUGCAGGAAUUGACACUGACCCUGAGCUGAAAUACCCAAAAGGUGCUGGACGUGUUGCUUUUUCCAAUCAGCAGAGUUACAUUGCUGCCAUCAGUGCUCGGUUCGUUCAACUUCAGCAUGGCGAUAUUGAUAAACGAGUGGAGGUAAAGCCAUACGUGUUGGAUGACCAGAUGUGUGACGAGUGCCAGGGUGCGCGGUGCGGUGGGAAGUUUGCUCCUUUCUUUUGUGCCAAUGUCACUUGCCUGCAGUAUUACUGUGAGUUUUGUUGGGCAAAUAUCCACUCUCGUGCAGGACGUGAAUUCCAUAAGCCAUUGGUAAAGGAGGGGGCUGACCGCCCACGUCAGAUCCACUUCCGCUGGAAUUAAACAUGGUGAACCAGCAUCUACAUAAGGAGAGAAGGGUGCAUGUGGCUUACUGUGUUUGAAGAUACUGACAUGCAGAAGAAAUAAGUGCAUUCUUCUGCUUUUCACCCCAGCUAUCAAUACAUGCAUCUUUAUCAGCAGCCAAAACACUACAAGCCUCUUGUUUUUCACCAAAACCCUACAUCUCAGGCUUACUAAUUUUUGUGAUAUUUUCAUGUUAAAAUAAAAUGUUUUUUUGUAUUUUCUCCAAGUUAUUUUUAUAUGUAAAGUUAAAACUAGAUAUGAGAAUGUUUUUGCGUAGGGGCACACAGUCUGCUGCUAUAUUUAGUGGGUGAAGCGUGCACUUAUUUCUAAACAUGGGUUUUUAACUUCAAGAUCUGCCCCAGUAAUUUACCAAAGGUAGCAAAAUAGUGAAGAUGGAAUAUGUCUGCUACAAAAGCUUAUUUUUAUUGUUGUUGCUAUUUUCAGUGUAUACAUAAACUAAAAAUUAGGGUUGAUUUUUUGCUCUCCAUUUUGACUUGCAAGAAAUAAUACCUCAAGAUAAUCUGAUUUAUUAGCUAUUUUUAAACAUUUUUAAUCACAAGCUGUAUUAGCUUUGCUGCUAUAUAGGUGUUAUGUGUAAUGCCACCUAUUAAUACGGGAUUGAAACGUUUAAGACACACUGCAUUACAGAUUAAAUGCAGGCAGCACAAUAUGGCCUAAACUGCCAUAGUUUUAGAAUGUGAAAAAAUUGCAUGUUUACUUACCUGUAUACACCAUAUGCAUGCACUAGAACUAUUAAUUAACAAGAGGUGAGUUAUUGCAAAUGUUCAAAAAAAGGCUCUCUUGAAACUAGGUAGCAUGAGCAAAUUUACAAAAUUUCUUACAAAAAACAAACUUGCAUGCAUUAUUGUGACUGAAGUAAAAAAAUGUCCUACAUGUGUACAAUAUGCAAAUUAGUUUUAGACUAGAAAGUGCAGCCAUUUUGUGACCUGGUCAGUAGUGGAAUUCAAUUUUAUGCAGACUGGAUGUAAUAUUGUAAUCCCUGUGCAAUUUUGUGAUGUGUGCUUCUACUUAAUGUGGCGUGAUGUAGUAUAGAUACAAGUUUGAGUAAAAAGCUAGCAUUUUAAAAGUUCUUUUGAGCCCCCUUGAUUGUUCAUGGUUAAGAUUUCCUCUACAAACCAAAGAUGGCCAGCACACUGCUAACCAGUCACCAAAUGUGAAACCCAUGACAAAUGCAUACAAAAAUAGACAUAUAUGAGAAUGCGUAUUGCUUUAGAAAUUAAAUCCUAAGUAAAGUCAAAAUGGAGAAGGUGUAAUAUACAGACGGCUAGUUGCAUAACAAACUAAAUUUUACCUUUAAGACAACAGUGAAAUUUGGCUUAAAAAAGCCUUGCUUACAUGUUUGACCUGUGUGCGGUGUGGUCUUCUGUCAAACCGGGGUCACUGUUGCAUGA